UAUAAUAUGCAAGCCAACUUAAAUCACUUUAAACCCAAUAGAGAAAUGGCUCUGCCUUUGCCUUCUUGCAUUACUGUCUAUGCUUUGAUCCUUCAACUCUUACACCUAUCUUCCAUUUCCAACAAUGUACUAACAGCAGCCAAGCACAGCUACUCUGCCUCCCACCACCACCACCGCAGCCGCCACAGCCACAGCCACUCCCCGGUCCCAAACCCUAGACUCCAACAAGCCUACAUUGCCCUUCAAGCAUGGAAACAUGUAAUCUAUUCUGACCCUCAAAAUUUAACCACCAACUGGGUAGGUCCUUCAGUGUGCAACUACACAGGCGUAUACUGUGCACCUGCUCCUCAUGACCCCAAAACCAGAGUUGUCGCAGGGAUUGAUCUAAACCAUGGUGAUAUAGCUGGUUUCUUGCCUAAUGAACUAGGCCUCCUCACAGACCUUGCCCUCAUCCAUCUAAACAGCAAUCGUUUUUGCGGCAUUGUUCCUGAAACAAUAUCAAAUCUCACGCUUCUUUACGAGCUUGAUCUCAGUAACAACAGAUUUGUAGGUCCUUUUCCUACUGUGAUUCUGUCUCUCCCUACUCUUCACUUUCUCGACCUUCGAUUCAAUGAGUUCGAAGGGCCAUUACCGUCUGAACUCUUCAAGAAAAACCUGGAUGCAAUAUUUGUGAACAACAAUCGCUUCACAAAUGUCCUUCCAGCCACUUUAGGUGGAAGCUCAGCCUCAGUUUUGGUCAUUGCCAAUAACAACUUUGGUGGGUGCUUGCCACCAAGUAUAGCCAGUUUUGCACACACUCUAGAGGAGCUGCUGAUAACCAAUACUAGUUUAUCAGGGUGUUUGCCUCCAGAGGUUGGAUUUCUAUACAAAUUAAGGGUCUUGGAUGUGAGUGAUAAUAAAAUCAUCGGUCCGAUACCUUACAGCCUUGCAGGGUUAGCACACUUGGAGCAGCUGAAUAUAGGCCAUAAUAUGAUGAGUGGACUUGUGCCUGAAGGUGUAUGUGUUCUGCCAAGUUUGAAGAACUUUACCUUCUCUUACAACUUCUUCUGUGAGGAAGAAGGGAUAUGCAUGAACUUGACAUCAAAAGGGAUUGUCUACGAUGAUCGUGGGAAUUGUUUGCCGGAGAAGCCUCGCCAGAGAAGUGAGAAGGAAUGUAGAGGUGUGAAUGAGCAUCCAGUUGAUUGCUUUGAGUAUAUUUGUCAUGGUGGAGGAAGUAGUUUUGGUGGUCAAGCUGCUGCUUUUGCUCCGGCAGCCAUGGUGGUGCCUUCAUCAUCGCCUCUGUUAUCACCUUCUGCUGCUCCAAGCUACACGUAAACAGCUCUAAAAGAGUAGGUGAUAAUUGUAAAGAUACAAAUAAAGAUCCACACUUUGGCUAGCAUAUGAUAUUGUAUACUUAACCUUGUGUAUAUAUCCUCAUCAAAAUCCAUGUUCCAUUUGCAAGAGUGUAAAACAUAAGUGUAUUGGGUUUCUCCUGGCUUUUCAGUUUUCAAAGGAUCUGCUACUCUUUU